CCCGCUGACGUGGGGCGUUCAGGUACUCCCCUCGUUUACAACAUACGAAGACACAAAAUGGAGGUGACACUACCUGGCUGAGGAAAAGUACAGUUGCGGUCGAUAUUAUGCGAAACCUGAAGUUUAUGAUAGUGUGUUUGAUAAAUUAAUAAUAGUUACGUCGACUGAGACGCCGAAAAAAGAGGAUUAAAAAUGUUUUGGACGUUAAUAAUCGCCGCUUUAAUGGCAACAGAGUCCACCAUGGCCGUCUCGGUCCAGUGCCCUACCAAGAGGUACAUUGUCAUCCUCUUCCAGCCCGUCACCCUCACCUGUAACUACCAGACAACUGCCACUCAGCCCCCUGUUGUCACAUGGAGGUACAAAUCGUAUUGCCGGGAUCCCAUCCAGGCUGCGCUGAAUCCCAGCAGCGCUGAGAACAUCCUGUCCCAGAACAACCCCAACUACGACCCCAACAUCGAGUGUGCCGACAGCCAGAGGACGGUGCGCAUAGUUGCCUCCAAGCAAGGCAAUGCGGUUACCCUCGGCAAGGAGUACCAGGGCCGCAAGAUCAGCAUCCUAAACAAUGCCGACCUGAACAUCGCACAGACAGCAUGGGGCGACAGUGGCGUUUAUGUGUGCUCGGUGAUUUCCUCCCAGGACCUCUCUGGUAAUGGAGAAGACUACACAGAGCUCAUCGUACUAGAGAGAAAGUCAAAUACUACUGACCUCCUGCCUGGCAUUGACUUACUGGUUAUGGAAGACUGGCUCCUGGUUGUUUUGGUGGUCUUGGGCUUCCUGUUGCUGCUGAUCCUGAUAGGAAUCUGUUGGUGUCAGUGCUGUCCACAUACCUGCUGCUGCUACGUCAGCUGCCCCUGCUGCCCCGACCGCUGCUGCUGCCCACGAGCAUUGUACGAGGCAGGAAAAGCAGUGAAGAAAGGUCUGCCCAGCCAGUAUGCCCCCACCCUCUAUGCUCCCAGUAUGUAUGCUCAGCCAGCAUAUACUGGCCAACUAAUGAACCAGCCUGCUGUACCCAUGCUUCCUCUGCCCAAUGGAGUUGGACCCCCACCUCAGAACGGUUACAGUCGUGAAUAUGAUGGUGCCAGCUCAGUUGGACAGGGCUCCCAGGUGCCUUUGCUGCAUGACCAAGACGGUGGAGGGGACAACACUCGCAGUGGGUAUCGUAUCCAGGUGGACCCUGAUGGGAACGCCACACGUGCCAUUUACUAUAUGGAGAGGGAACUGGCCAAAUUAGACCCAUCAAGACCUGGCAACUACAACCGCUUGGACAAUAUGAGCGAAGUCAGUUCCCUGCACGACAGCCUUGAGCCUCGGGCCCGCGGGGGUCGUUCCCAGCCACCACCUUUGGCCACGGUCUAUGACCAGGAUGAAGCUAUGAGCACCAUCAGCAGUGUUUCGCAGCAGGGCCGCCGUCGUGAUGACUACCCCCGCCGUGGCGGAGGCUACGUAGGGGAUCGUGUUCGCGCUCGCUCCAUGGACAACCUUGACGACAUCGGACGCCGUUAUGACCGAGACAACUACCCACCUCAACGGCGCCCAGAUGAGCCCAGAGGAAGGAGAGGCUCGGAUGAUGAGUGGAGCAGCAGCGCCCGCAGUGGCCACAGCCGCGACUUUGACGACCGCCGGCGUCGUGACUACUCCCCAGACGAUCGUCGAAGAGGAGAGGGAGGAGCCUACGGCGGCCUUCAAGGCAGACGCAGCCGCAGCCGUGAUGAUCUGAUGGACCUGGAGAGGGAUCGCCGGUAUGCCGGCGCUCCCAGGGGCGGGCGAGAUGAUUACGAUGACAGCUUCUUGCGAGAGGCAAUGGAGAGGAAGAGGAUGGGCGAGCAGCAGCGAGCACGCAGCCGGGAGCGUCUGGACAGCGAGAGUGACCGCUCAGAUCGGGGGAGGGCACCUCGUGGAGCUCCACCUCUUCCUCAGAUCCCACCCUCUGGCUACCCAGGGCGCCGUGAUGAUUACCCACCUCCUCCACCUCCACCUUACAGUGAAGAUGAAAGUGUGUCAUCUUCAAAGAAAAGCAACCUCCGUAAGAAUGGAGCUGUGAGUCGGGAGAGCCUGGUUGUGUAACCGUGACGUGAGCAACCUGUCCAAUACUUCAGCUUUGAUCCAUCUCAAAAAAGGACCAGUUGAUUUCUAAGACUGUAAAUAUUAGUCACACUGCUCAUGUCCUGUGCUGAUUUUAAUGUUGCAAAAUUUAUGGUAAACGUACAAAUUGAUGCUGAAUGUGUAUGUAUACUUUUCUUACAGGGAAGACGUGCACAGAUGAAUUUUUCUGUGCCUUUUUAUGUAUAAAAGAUUGUGGCUGCCACAAGUGCCUUAGAGUGUACAGAAUUUUACAUGACUUUACAUUUGAAAGUCAAGUGGAUGCAUAAUUCUGUGUAAACGUUUUUAAUCUUAACACGUAAACAUGUUGGGAUUGGUUUCGACUUUGGCAGUGCUUUUAAUGUUCAGUUUCACGUAGCUGAUAGAGAUACAGAUUUAGAAUUGUAGGGGUUUAUGGGUUUUUGUGUUUGUUAUGUGUUGUUUUGCUCUGCUCUUUUUGUUUGUUUUUAUAAAAAAAGAAAAACCCUGUAGCGUUUAGUUGUGUUGGAGUGUUUAGAAACCUGGUGAACAAAAUAGUCUCAGUGAAAAUGUGUUUUUGAGUACUUACAUUUUAUUUUUGUUCUUUUUUUAAACACAGAAUUUAAGUUUUAACCUUCAGUAUAUUGUACAGCCAAGCAGUAGUAUGCUCGUAAUAUGCAAAUAUUAAUUGUGAUGUGAUGAAACCUAAUUUUACAAUAAAGGUCUCCAUGACCAGGCCA